GUCAAACGUGACAUCUCGUCUGAUUCAUCGCAUCUUGAAAUACCAUAAAGUUUUGUUUGUUUGUUUAUUUCUCCAUCUAGGCUAGAUCACCAUAUAUAAAUAGUGUGAAAUUUGUAGAAAUGUUUUCGGAUGAUCAACAGACUAUUUCUUUUGCUGAUGGUAGCAAAUACUAUCUCAAACCAGUCUUGGGGGCCUCUCCCAUUGAUUUAUUCAUGAAAAGCUGUGAUGUUUUCAAGGGAAAGUCGGUCGACGAAAAAGAUGUUGUUAUAACAAUUUGGAAAAUUGAUCUUCGAUCGUUACAUGACAAAUGUCUAAUAAGCUGUGACAUCAGAGGGUGUAAACUUAAUCAUGAUGCUGAAGAAAUUAUGGAAGAAUUCCAAAGACGUGUCAAAUUCCUCAUAGAAAAGGUUCAACAUGUCAAUUUGAUACCGUACACAAAUGUGGACUGCAACAUUUCGGAUGGAUAUUUUAAUGUGAAUUUAGUUCAGGAAUGUGUUGAAGGUGUAAGCAUAAAAAAGUUAUUCGAACAAGGCGUGGUGCCGAGUCUUCCACAAAUGGCCGAAAGCGUUUUAAAAGCAAUUUCACAUUUGCAUAGCAUGGAUCCCAAACUCAAACAUAGUCGUAUUGAUGAGUGUUCCGUAUUUUUGGAUAAAUCGGGAGUUUAUCGAGCUGCCGAUUUCCAUUUAAUACCAUAUUUGAUGUAUUUAAAAGGUGCGGGAUUACAUCCAGCAGCAGCAGAUGAUUUGAAUGCCCUUGGAUUUCUAAUGGAAUAUGGGAAUAUAAAGACUCAGCGCUUGAUGAAAGAUUUCAUCUAUAAAUGUUGCUCAGAAAAAAAGCAAUCGUGUUGGGAUUUAUUGUCACAUGAAUAUUUAACAAACGUACAUUCUGUUAAAUUUAAUCCAAUCUAUGACGGACCCUUUCUAAAGCAUUUCGACAUUGAAGGCUCAUUGGGCAGUGGAUCAUUCGGAAAUGUUAUCAAAGCAAAACACUCGAACGGUCAAGAUUCAUAUGCGUUGAAAUUGGUGGAAAUUCCAAAGGGAAGUGAAAUAAAAUGCGGAAAAGUGAAACGAGAAGUCGAACUCAUUUCACAGCUCAAUCAUGAAAAUGUUAUAAAAUAUGUACGGAGCUGGGAGCAAGAAGUCGAUUUAGCUGAAUUGGGAAUUAUUGAUGAGGAAUCUGAAUACUCUUACACACCUGAGCUAACAAACGAAUCGGACUCAUCGAUUAUUUCGAAUUUACCGCUCAAGAAUAUGAUGAUCAUUCAAAUGGAACUCUGUGACAUGACUCUCCGGGAUGCAAUGAAAACUUGCCAUACUGCAAGGAAACGAAUACCUCAACAGUGGUUUAUUGACAUUGCUCAAGGUUUAGCUUAUCUCCAUUAUAACGAAAUCAUUCAUCGCGAUCUAAACCCAAAGAAUAUUCUAUUAGACUCUUCCGGACGCGUGAAAAUCGCCGAUUUUGGUUUAGCCACCACAAUUGAGUUGGUAUUCAAACAGAAGCAAAAAAUAACCACGAUCACCAGUAGCAGCAAUGAUAAUAGCUCACAUACCGGACAUGUGGGCACAUCAUAUUAUGUAGCACCUGAGUUGAAGGCAAAAACUGCUUCAAAAUCAAACUAUGGGACAAAAUCGGACAUCUACUCGCUCGGAAUGAUCUAUUUUGAGUUGAAACAUCCACCUUUCGGCACAGAUUCAGAACGACAUCAUGUUUUGACUGACGCUGGAAGUAAUGAAUUUCCAGAUUUCAUGCGAAAUCCAGAAAACAUUUCCAUAGCACGUAUUAUCAGAGAAAUGCUAGACCCUGAUCCACAGAAGCGGCCGACUGCAAGCAAAGCUCAAUGGGAUUUGAAUAUGCUAUACUAUCUUACUCACCUAGAGGAUUUAUUAUAAUAAGUUGACGAUUGCCAUGCAUCUUUUUUCGAAGAUUUUUUUAACGAAAAAAAAAAUGAAGGAAAAAUCGUGAUUUUGAAAGAAAUUCAGAAUUUAAAAUAAAUGAACAGUAUCAGUUUCGUGUAUGAAA